GGCCUACAUAACUAGAGGAUGACUGAAGAGCAGCCCCCAGCAAACUCUUCCGGUCGUCAAUCACCCCCUAAGCCGCUAGUGCCUGGGUUCGAGCUAUUGAUGCCGGAUUACAUUGUGCCCCCGAGUGUACACACACUCAGGGAGGACAAAAUCACUUCCAUCGAAAAGAUUUUCUACUGAUGCAUUUUAGUAAGUUGCUCGAUUCAGCGCAUGCUACCCACACGACCCUCGAUAGUGAAAGAAUUUUUUCGAGCGUUUAUUGUACCAUAUCAUGAUCCACUACAUCUUCCCAAACUCUUGCUUCCUCAACCCAGUCGGACGACCCCUUCAACGUAGCUAGCUUUGCCUCUGAUUGUCGUUGACGCCCCUUCACCAACCUCGGCUCGACGCUGUCCAAUGAUUCCUGGCUCCGCUCGCAUAACCGACUUGCCGCAUGAAGUAGUAGAGCACAUUCUGGUGAUUUCUGAUCCCAUUGAUGUCGCACGUGCAUCCCAAGUGUGCAAAUUCAUCCGCGGUAUCGUCUACCCUGUCGGUGACGAGCAUUUCUGGCGAGCUCUUUACUUGGCACAACCAUUUGAUGACCCCCGGAAGGCGGUCACUUUCCUCGGCAAUCGCCGAACUGAUAUCAAAUGGAGGGAGGAACUGCAGCGCAUCAUCCGCGCAAGAACCGUCAUAAAUGAUGUUACUGUCUGUCGACCGGAUGAAAGAUGUCAGGUACUGCGAACCCUGCUUGACAUGGUGACGAAUGUACCUCCUCUGCCUUUCCCUGAGAGCGAGCCGACGUCCCGUAAUGUGUUGUGGAUGCAGAUGCACCUGCAGGACGGCACGUUCCUUGACCUGGAGAGCCAUUCGCAUGAAGAAGAACAGCUGCGCGCGCACUUACACGCUUGGUUCGGGUUGACUGACAUAGACGGUUUGCCAGCGAAGAGAGUAGCGUCCCGAGCGUAUGUUUACAACCAGCGCAACUACCAGUCCUCAAACCUCUUUGGGCCUUUCAUGCGAGAUGGGAGUGGAACAGUCGACUGGGUGAAUAUGCAGAGGAUCGCGCAUGUCUUCGCUAGAGCGUUGGUGGAGAGGGAAGAGGAGGAAGAACCUGCCUUUGAAGUUUGCUCCCUGAGCCUGACUUUCUGUCAGGCUGUCAUACCACCCAGCCUGAAUCUGAACCGCGAGACUGAUUGGGCUGGCGUCGAGGGCUUGUGGCGCAUCUCUUAUUGUUUCAUGGAUCACCGGGAGUUACUUAUUUACAAUGAUCUCAAUUUGCCAGAGGACGAGCCACUCGAUCACACUAUAUUUGAAGAUGGAGAGUUGGAAGAGACGUUCAGCGCAGUUGACAUCUUUUUCCGUGUGAUCAAUGUCGAGCAAGACCCUGAUCACCCGACACGGCCAAAAAUCAACUACGUAGGAGAGAUGGAUGGCAAUUUCUCCAUCGUUGGUUACGUCAAACUCACGCCUGACGACCAGAUACGAUGGCACUUUGUCGCUGGUAACGGAGAUCAGCCUGUGUGGUGUGGUGAAGCGAUCGUUAUGGGUAACAUCCGUUCUCAAUAUGGAGUUCUUGGGGCUUGGUCUACGACCAUGCAUGACCCGCAGGAUCCUAUUGGUCCAUUCUGGAUGCAGUGCCAACAUCCAAUUGAAGACUGACGUCGCACCCUACGCCCUUUUUUGUCUGUAUUUUUGGGAAGGACUGUUACAAAUCCAGUUGCAAAUGUUGUACACAGUAUGCGUUAUUUGUUUUUUUUUUUUUGGGAUUGGCAUGGGGGUCUUGUACGGACUGUACUAGACGAGUACAAUGGUGACACCGGUGAUAAACGGGUAUUGAUCGAGUUCGUUGGGUUGCCGACUCGGAAUUGAUCAUGAUCAUGUGUCAUUCCUCCGAGAGAACGCACAAUGCGCAUUUGAAUACAAAUGUUAGACAAGGUUGACAGUCCAGUCUUUGGAAAUAGUUACAAAUCUCAUUAUUCUUGAAAAU